AUGCCACUCAUGGCGUCGGCGUCGGCGUCGCCAGUUCACACGCGCGGCCGCGCUCUGGGCAAGAAGCGCCGGGAGCUGGUACGGCGCCGCACAGGUCGCCUGCCCAUGCCCCCUGCUCCGUCGCACGUGACUCGGAAUUACGACGAGUGUGUACUGUUCCACAAACAACAAUCGUAUGCUGUUACAGGUGCAGUCACCAUGACGUGUAACCGCCGUCACUGCAAGCGGUCGUCGGUGACGUCAACUACCCUUGCCGUCACAGCAGCUCUCUUUGUGCUGAUUUCUGUUCCGGGAUCAGCCAGCCAAAGAGCAUCAGUGUACGCGCCCGUGGUAGUGUCCGCCCAUGACCCCGCCGCCGCCAACCCCAUGCUGGGCGCGGCGUUCAGCCCCAGCGCGCACGGGGUCAGCUCCUCGGAGGCUCCCGCCGCGCAGGGGCAGCUCCCUGGCGCAGGCAGCGCCGCCGCCACGCAAUCGCCGCAUGUGCCGAGUGGCCACACCGACAACGACGUCCACCUACAGCCAUCAUCGUCCUCUCUUCCCGCGGGAACGGGCAACCCCACUCUGCACGCGGAGGCCCGCGAAGAGGCCGACAACCGCAUCGCCGACUCCAGCCACCUCCCAUCGGAGACCACGACCUCCGCCACCCCCGCGGCCUGGCCCAUGGGCGCCACCGACGCCGCCGACGCCGCCGACGCAGCCACCGCCCUCCCGCACGACAACCACACCGCAGCUAGAGUCCCGCUUUGGUUGGACACAAUUGCUCCACAUGUCGCAGUUGACGUUCCACACCCGACUCCCACCUCUGGCAACGCGAACGGAACGCAAAAGUCUUUCUCUGACUCUACCGUCUCUGCUGCUACUGCCGUUCCUUCCUCGUCAGCGGCCCCGUCAGUUUCCCAAAACGUGUCAUCAGAGGCCAACCAGACCUCUCGUACGUUCUCAGACUCGGGUCGCCGCUCCAUUCAGUACGUGAGCGCAGGCGGACUGCAGAAUAUCCCCCAAGUUUCUUCGCCAAGCAAAGGUUCAUCAUUUGGGAAUCCUUCGUUCCGCAAAGUGAUUCCACAUGCUGCAGUAGUCAACGCAACCUCCACUACCACUACGUCUACGACAACCGCACGAGACAGCUCUGUUGAUGCAUUUGACCCGGCGCAAAACAAAACCACUGAGACCAAAGAUGAAGCUUACUCUGACGAAGUCUUCACAGAAGAUCCGGAAGGUAGUACUGUCGAUGUUUCAACGGUGACUGACGCCAUUCGCGAUGAGACUGAGACCACAACAUUCUUCAAACUGGAGAACGACGGGGUGGCGCCUGGUUCGAACGCCAGCUUCCUCGACGACGACGACGCCCUGGAGACGCACCCGUGCGCGCGCGAGUGCGUGAUGGGCGCGCCGCCCAUGCGGUGCUACUACCGCUUCGAGGUUACGGGCUACUACACCAUGAGCAAGGCCUGCUACAACUGCCCGGCCAGCCGCCAGGACUGCGACCUGCCUGAGUGCGUGGCGGCCGACGGCGUUCCGCGCGGCCUCGUCGUUGUGUGCCUGGGCGACCGCAUCGUCGUGGACCUGCACAACGGACUAGUGGCGGAGACGACGAGCGUGCACUGGCACGGCCACCACCAGCGAGGCACCCCGUACAUGGACGGCGUGCCGCACGUGACGCAGUGCCCCGUGCCGCCCAUGACCACCUUCCGCUACGCCUUCAAGGCCGACACGCCCGGCACGCACUUCUGGCACUCUCACACCGGGCACCAGCGCGCGGACGGGGCGUUCGGGUCGCUGGUGGUGAGGGUGCCACGCGAGGCGGACGCGCACGCGGCGCUGUGGGACCGCGACGAACGCGCGCACACGCUGCUGCUCCUGGACUGGGGCGCGAGCGGCGGCGCCGAGCGCUUUCUGGCGCACCACCACGCGGGCGGCCCCAACAAGCCCACGGCCAUCCUCGUCAACGGGCGCGGCCGCGUCCCGCCCUCGCCGCUGCCCGACGCCAGCGCCAGCGCCAGCGCCAGCGCCAGCCCCAGCGCCAGCGCCAACAACGCCACCGCGCGCGUCCCCGCGCCGGAGUUCGUCGUCCAGCAGGGUUUACGCUACCGCUUCCGCUUGAUCAACGCGGGCUUCCUCAACUGCCCCAUUGAGCUGUCGGUUGACGACCACGAUAUCAUUCGAUCGGCGUCGUUGGUGACGUAUGCGGGCGAGCGUUUCGACUUCAUCCUGGAGGCCAACCGCUCCGUGAGCACCUAUUGGAUACGCAUGCGCGGCCUCCUUGACUGCGGCGAGAACUUCACUGCCGUGCACCAGGUCGCCAUCUUGCGCUACGAGGGCGCCACGGAGGUAGAGCCGCCUGGCGAGCUGAGCUACGCCGCUGCCCAUCGCCCUGGACAUCAAGUGAACUCUCUGAACGUGGGCACGGGCACCGCCGGCUCCUCUGUCAUCCCGGAGUUGGAUGCAAUCGCCCCUGACGACGAGAGCCUUAAGGAGGAGCCAGACUACCGCUUCUACUUGGCCUACGACUUCUACGCAGUCGACAACCCCCACUUUCACAAGGCGCCGUACUACGGAUUCUACAACGUAUCAUCCAAGAUGCAAACGUACACGCCGCAGUUCAACCACAUCUCGAUGAAGAUGCCGUCGGUGCCGAUGCUGCCUCAGCACGAGCAGCUGGACCAGAAGCAGUUCUGCAAUACCUCCUCCGUGGAGGACCAGGGGUGCAGGGAGCGCUACUGCGAGUGCUCGCACGUUAUCCAGGUGCCGCUGCACUCGGUGCUGGAGAUUGUACUCAUCGACGAAGGAGUGACGUACAACGCCAACCACCCGUUCCACCUGCACGGGUACGCGUUCCGCGUGGUGGGCAUGGAGCGCCUGGGCGAGUCCACGUCGCUGGAGGAGGUGAAGCGCCUGGACGAGCAGGGCUUGCUCAAGCGCAAGCUGCACGCCGCGCCGCUCAAGGACACCUGCACGGUCCCCGACGGCGGCUACACCAUCCUCCGCGUGCAAGCUAGCAACCCCGGUUACUGGCUUUUCCACUGCCACAUCGAGUUCCACGUGGAAAUCGGCAUGGCGCUCGUGUUCAAGAUCGGAGAACACUCGGAGUUCCCGCCCGCACCCAGGGGCUUCCCACGCUGCGGCGACUGGACGCCCGACGACGACGAUGACCUCGACGCCGACAUCCGCGCCGGAGCGGCCCCCACAGACACCCACAAGAGCGGCCACGAAGACGCUCACGAGGACACCAGCGCCAACGAGGUGGCAAGCGUCGGGGCAUCGCAGGAGACCGUUCUCAGCGGGGCGCCGCACAAGAGUCGCUUGCACGAAACCCAACCAGACACCGGACGACGCAGCUCAGCUGCUGCCGCCAUGUUGUCGACAAGUUGGCUGCUUCUGGCGAUUUUAACGUCUACUUUUACUCGUCUAUGUAGUCGAUAAAAAGAAGUGUCCCCCCUCCGACGAUGCCAUCCGUUGACAAUUGCCUCGCUACUAUUGACGAUGAUCUCUGGGCACGUUGACCAGUUCGAAAAAUAUUGCCCCGGCAGUGAAAUAUGACAGUGACUCACCACUGACGAUAGUGGCCCGAGAAACCAAGAUUGAUCGCAAGCCUGAGAAAACAUGACAAGAACCAAUAAUGCACAUUGCGAUAUGCUGUAUUCGGAGCUACCCCAAAAGGGUAGUUGUAUGCCUUGCAACAUUCCUCGCGAACACGCAAAACAACAAUUUACCCAAAGAACGACGUAUAUCGUUUCAAAGUCAUUGCUCAGUGAGCAUUGACGAGCAUAAUUGGUUUCGCUGCAAGCGAAUAGGCAAUUACCGUAUUUUCUAAUAGCGUUGUCUGUACGGUGGAACGUUGCGUGGUGAACGGUCAACUGUGGAACGGUCAGAACGGUGGCGCCGAACGGGAAAUAAGUUCAAACCCAGCGGCAGAGCAGAGGAAAGACGGGUUGCGAGACGCUGUAGAAAUUUUGCGAACUCACAAAACAGCAAGUGUAGCAUUUACCUCCUUUAUUGCUGACGCAAAUGAAUUUGCUGCCGCAAACAGGUGUCAGGACACAUAACCAAAAUUUUGCCCGUGCUUAUGUCAACAUGACCGUAUUAUGGCACGAUGUGCGUGUAUUAUGUGCGUCGUCCGGCAGGUUCCCAUAACGACGACUGCGAAACCUCAGGAGUAAAAUCCAAGGGGGUCAUGUCGGGCGCUAGCGGCGACGGGGUCGCUUCCGACACACUCCGAAACGUUCAGGCGAACGAUAAGGGCUCAAAAAAGCAAUAUUUCGUUAUCGCAGCAACAUCACCAAUAUUCCGGCACGGCUCAGUGCGUCUCCCGUUUCUCCAACUACAACCUGAUGUAAAGUUUCCAUGUAUUCCAGAGGGUACAUCAAUCGUAUUUUCAGCAUUGUUCUAAAGCUGUCGCCGCAAAUUAAAUUCAACGGCUCCUCAACUUACGAUGCGGCCGAAGCUAUCUUUCGUGUGUGAGUAUAAUGAUACCCCCGCGAUAAUUUUCGAUAAAGGCUUUCUCAGACCGGCGCGGAAGAUUCGCUGCCCACGUGAAAUGUCGCGUCACGUGUUGCCUUUUGAGUACGUUCAGACCUCCGCGUCAGGAGAGCGUCGCGGCAGCGGAAUUGCCUCAAGAUUUGGAAAAGCAGUCGGACGGGUUUCAACCGCUGCCGCUCGAGGAUCGUGGAAGUCAGCCUGCCCUCGGAUGUCUUCGCUCCCCUCUGGAUCGACCUCCCCUUGCUUUUGAUUAUCGUAUGAGGAAAACUGUCACCAAACGCUGAGUGAUAACUGACGCUCCAGUGUGAUCGGUGCCGCGGAUUCCGCCGCCGCGUCUAGCGCGGAACAUUCCGCGCCGCACCCGCUGAGGAUUUCCUGCGCCGGUCUGUCAGAGCCUUAAUUUAGUAUACGAAGUAGUUUAAUGGAAAAUGACUGAAUAUUUGCUAAGGUCGUGAAUGAGUUCCAGGUCAGUAUUAUAUGAAGUACAAAUGUGGAAGUUGAGUGUAUAUACGUAGUUAUGAGGUAUGUAAGGACGAAAGAUUGUUGAAAGUUCAUUAAGAUGACACCUUUUGAAGAGUGUCAAAGUCAAAGGUAUUAGAUACCUCAUAUCGCCUGUUUUGGUGCUUUUUCUCAUACAAUUGUUCUCAGUCUGCGAAUAAUUUAGCAGAUCUGUGCUUGGGAAGUAGGAAACAACAAGAAAGCAAAUUUUUUUUGAGCUAUAUUCGCGCAGAAAAUACAUAAUUAAACAAGAAAUAGUGACCACAAUGGAUCUUCAGUUACUCCAGAACUUACCGAUACGUUACACAAGUUCAUUGUGAUAUGGAAAGGGAAUCCAAUGAUACUUUUAAAUAUAACAAAGUUUAUAAUCUAAGGUUCUUUUUUUAAUUUAGUAUUUCACAGAUUAUAAAUUGUUUAAUUGAAAUAAAAUGCAAUGCUAUGUAAUGAACCGUCAACAUUUAAGCAAUUUUCUUGAAUGAUUUCUUUGAAAAGGCUAAAUAUAUUAGAGUAAAAAAUAAAGAAUUCAACAGCAUUUUUGCAGAUCAGGUAAUGAAUGUUACAUUAAAAUUUGAAAAGGAAAAUUAUUUUUAAUACUUACUUGGAAAACUAAACCAAAGAACAUUUCAAACCUUUACAAAAUAAUACAAAUUGCAUUAGUGGUAGUACCUAUUUGUAUUAUUUUGUUCAGUUUCGUUUUUUGUUUUGUUAAUGAAUUUCAAAUCAAUGCCCUGGGUCUCAAAAUAUAAAUUAUUAAUAUAUAUUUGAUUGUGUAAAUAUUGUGGAGAAGAGGACAUUUCUGAACAUAUUUUAGAUAAUGCUUCAUUAUAUUUCAUAACUGGGCUGAUAAUUGCAGAGGCAAUGUUUUUAAUGUUCCUGAGAGUAAAUGUGAAAAAAAUAUUUUUAUCAGUCAGACUGAGCCUGUGGAUUCGAUUGUACAUGUUUUAUGAAAAUAAAAAUCCUAUUUUCCUUAAUAUUACA